AUUUAUGGUGGCUGCUGCUCUGUGAGUCCUUCUGCCCAGGUUUUUGCUGGAAGCAGGCUCAGGGGGCAGCCUGCAGCCUCCUCCCUGGAAGUGACCCUGUGCCUUGUAGGAUCCCGACCUGCCUCGGGGCUUUAAUCAGCCAUGGCGGCGCUGCCCCCCCCCAGCCUGGCCGAGCUGCUGGACGCGGCCAUCGGCACCCCCGAGCCGGGGGCCGUCAACUUCACGGCCCUACACAGCCUCCUGCGCGCCCUGCUGCAGCACCUGGGGCUGCUGCACCUCCCCGCGCCCACCCCACAACCCGCACCCACCCCACAACCCACCCCACAACCCGCCCCCCCCGGCGGGCAGCCCCCCCAGCCCACCCCGGGACCCCCGGGGGGCUCCGCAGCCCCCGCUGUGGGGCCGGAGAGGAGCGAAGCGAGGGAUGGGGACAGCACCCAGACCCCGUCUGUGCCCCGGGACCUCCUGGAGGCCAUCAGUGGGGUGAAGGCGGCGCAGUCCCGGAUGGAAAAGGACAUCUGUGGGAUCAAGGAGCUGCUGGGCCUGGCGGGCGAGCAGCAGCGGGGACCCCGCAGCGGGGCGACCCCGGAGAGCGAUGGGGAGGCUGCCGGGAGCCAGGCUGCAACCUCCGAGUCCUCCUCCGAGUCCCCCGAAUCGGGCGAGGAGGGCACCGAGCGCGGGGGGACCCCCGGGGGGACGCAGCCAGCGCCCGGCACCGGCGAGGGGACAUUGGGGACACGGCCCCGCACCAUGGGGACGCGAGCGGGGACGCGGAGAGCAUCGGUGGUCUCCUGGAGCCAGGCAGGAGCUGCCCCCGACCCCAUGGGGACGGCUGCUGCCGGUGCCACCGCCCCGGGGACGCAGCCGGGGGGCCCUGGCACCCAGACCCCCACCCUGGGAGCUCAGCCAGGGUCCCCCGGCACCCAAAUUUCCACCCUGGGGGCACAGCCGGGGGGUCCUGGCACCCAAAUCACCCCCCAGGGGGCACAGCCAGGGUCCCCCGGCACCCCCGGCACCGGCCUGGAGUCCCCUGGCACCCAUGGGACCACCCGAGGGACACAGUGGGAGUCCCCUGGAGCCCAUGAGACCCCCCCAGGGAUGCAGCCAGGGACCCCCGGCACCCACGGGACCCCCCCAGGGACGCAGCUGGGGUCCCCCCGCACCCUGCCCACCGGCACGGGGACACAGCCAGCAGCUCCCUGGCCCCAAGGAGAAGGAAGAGGAGAAAGAGGAGGAGGAGGAGGAGGAGGAGGGGGGGUCCAGCCGAGCCCCCCCAGCACAGCCCCCGGCCUCCCUGGCGCUGAACCCACCCCGGGUGCUUGGGGGACAGGGGUGGGCGCCGAGCCCCCCCCGGCUGCCCAGCCCCUGUCACCCACCGCUUGGGGACCCCAAAUGCCCCCCGAUGCCAGCCCCACGGGUCCCGUGCCGGGGCUGGCCGAGGCCCUGCAGCAGGUUGCCCAGCUCGGCCACCUCUGUGCCACCCUGCAGGGCCAGGUGGCCCAGCUGGAGGCCACCAAGUCGGACCGCGCCGAGCUCCAGGAGCUGCGUCUGCUCCUCCCGGAGGGAGACCAGGAGAGCAUCGCCACGCUGCUGGCCGACCUCCGGGGCCGCGUGGGCUCCCUGCAGGGCCAGGGGGAGAAGAUCAAGCAGCUUCAGGAGGCCCUCAGAGAGCUGGGGUCGGCUGGAGGAGCGGAGAAACCUGGUGACAGCUCGGGGUCCCUGCUGCAGGAGCUGAGGAGGGAGCUGAGGGAGCUGCGGGAGCAGCAGGACGCGGCCAAAACCACGCUGGAGCAGCUGGUGGCCACCACGGCCGGGCACCUACAGGAGCAGCUGGACGAGCUGAGGUCUCUGCUGGGCACCACGGGGCCGGACGCUCCCCCCGACGGCAGCCCCGGUGGCGUGGAGCCGGUGCCGGCCGAGUGCCCCGUCUGCAGCACCGACGUCGGGGCGCAGCUCGGGCAGCUGCUGCGGCGCUACGAGCAGCUCCAGGAGCUGGUGGACUCCGUCCUGGCACGGCAGGCCAUGGGCAAGGCCACCCGGCAGCUCCCCGGGAGGAGAUGGGAGGAUGAGGAGCUGCUGAAGGGCAUCCAGGCUGCCAUCCUGCAAGUGCAGGGGGACUGCGAGAAGCUGGGCUCGGUCACGGGGAACCUGGUGGACGACCAUCAGCAGAAGCAGAAGGACAUCGAGGCUCUGUUCCAGUCCCUGGAGAGGCUGCAGAAGGAGAAGGCGGACAAGGAGGAGCUGGUGCUGGAAAUCGAAGUGAAGGCAGACAGAGCCGCCCUGGCCGGCAAGGUGAGCUGCGCCCAGUUUGACGCCGCCGUGGAGCAGCUGAGUAAGAUGAUCGAGGACACCCUGAGCAAGGUGACGGGGCAGGAGCAGGGCUGGCACCGCGUCCAGCAGAAACUCGUGGAGGAGCUGGGCUCCAAGCUGGACCGCCUGGAGCUGGCACCGCUGCGGCAGCAGCUGGAGGAGCGCUGCAGGAGCAUCCUGGGGCAGCUCCAGGAGCGGGCACCGCAGGCAGAGGCCGACGAUGCCGCCGGGAUUAGGAAGCAGCUCCUGGCCCAUUUCCACUGCGUGUCCUGCGACCGGCCCCUGCGCAUGGUGGUGCCCGGCCCGCACAUCGUGACCGUCCCACCCAUGCCACCGCUGCUCCCCCGCCUCUCCGUGCGCCCCCACGCCAUCUUCGAGCCGCAGCAACUACGGCAGCUCGGCCGCAGGGAAUGCGGGGCCGGGUGCGGGUACCUGCGGGUGCCUCGGCGCUGCGGGGGGCAGCACACCCGGCCCCCCCCCGCAGCAGAGGCGCAGCCCCCAGCUCCAGCACCUCCCACCCUGCACCCCCGGACACCCCCGGCCCCACAGCGGGCCCCCCAUGAAGCAGGACGAGGUGGAGCUGCUGGGUCAGGACGGGCACAUCUACAAGGGCCGGCGGGACCUGCGGCUGCCUGCGCUGGUGGGGAAGGACGGCACCCCCAGACCCCAGGAGUCACCCCACGGCCGCGUCCCCCAAGGACCGGGGCUCCCCUCGCCCCCGUGGGCGCCGCGGGAUGGGAGAGAGACCCCAAGAGCGGAGAGGGGCCGGGGGGGCUCGGCUGGGAGCCCCCCCUGGGCACCACACGGGGGGGUCGGGCAGGAGCAAUAAAGGGCGGUGGAUGGGCAGCUAGGAGCGAGGUUGGUUUGGCCGUCACGUCCCUGCUGCGGGAUCACGGGGGGCUCGUUCCCUGCUGCGGGGCUGCCUCCAUCCCCGCGGCCCUAUAUCCGUGCCCCUCCACGUCCUUACAUCCCAAAUCCUUCCAUCCUUUCCACCCUACAUCCUACAGCCCUUUGUCCUCGCAUCCCUACAUCCUCACCUCCUUAAAUCCUUAAAUCCACCCAUCCCCACCUCCUCACAUCCUUAUAUCCUACAUCCUUUCCUCCCUACACCCUUCCAUCCCUAUUUCCCUACACCCCAACCCACACCCCCAGCCCCCCCUACACGCGCCCCCAUCACCUCUGGCUGCGUUUUUCUGCUUGGGGUGGCACCCCCCCGGCCAUCCCAGGUUAUGGGAAUGCCACCAAAAUCCCCAAAUCCUUUGUGCAGAGAGGGGCCAGACCCCACAGCAGCCACGUGGGGUUUCUUUACCCACGGGGUGUUUUAUGGGGCCGGGUUUAUUGCUGCGGUGCUGGUGGUUCUCCACCUCGAGGUGCUGGCUCGGGGGGGUGCUUUGGGUCCCCCUCUUUUAGGGUCACCUCUCCCGUGCCCAGAAACCACGAGGGGAUCCCCUGUGUUACCCUGGGUGUCCCCUCCUCCUUUGGCCCCACAGCAGCCCCCCUCUUGGUGCGUUGUCCCAAUGGGUUUGGUCUUUAGGGGGGGGGAAAUAGGGGCUAAAAUCCUGCUUUUGGGGGGGGUCCCCACGGGCAGAGCACCCCAGGGCCCUACCCCAGUGGGUCUGGGGUCCCCCGGUGCCACCUCUGGGGCCAAAAUGGGGAAAAAACAGAGAAAAGCAGUGAUGAAAAGGGCAGCCCUGACCCUAAUCCCGUUUGUGGGAUGAGGCCCAGCUGCGCCUCCCAGUUCCCCCAUAAACCCCAGCACCUGGGGGGGGCCCUCCUUUAGCCAUGGGUGCUGCCGGCUCUGGAGCGGGUGAGUGGCCCCAGUGGGGGCUUUUUUGUUUUUUUUUUCCCCUUUUUUUGUCUUUAGGGUCCCCAUCCCAGCUGGUGCGUCCCUAUAGGAUCAGGGCUGCGUGCCCCAGCCCUUGCUGGUGUCCCCCAGGGGGUCCCCAAAGAGCCCUUGGGGUGCUGGCAGGGGUCUGGCUGUGUCUGCGAGAGGGGAUGUUUGGGAAACCCCAUCCUGAGAGUGGGAUUUGCCUAAAAACCCUGGGAACAGCAGGAAAACCCAGCGGUGCCAGCCCCGAUCCCCAGCUUUUGGGGACAGCGGUCACAGGGACACGUGCUGGCUCCUGAUGGCAGCGAUCCCGAUCCCACGGUGCCUGGUGGGGCUGGGAGACCCCCCCGGGAGAUCCCCCAGGAACCAGACCCUACAGGGACAGGAUCCCCCAGAGAUCAGAUCCGAUAGGGACCAGCCCCCAUGGGUGUCCCCAAGUCCCCCCUGGGUGUCCCCAAAUCCCCAAGGUCACCCCCUCGUAGCACAGAGAGAGGUCGGGGACAGCUGCUGUUAAAAAACUGAUUUUUUUUUUUUAUUAUUUUUAAAUUAAUAAAAAACCUUCAACCUGUUUUCCUUUUUUUUUUUUCUUUUUGUCUUUUUUUUUCUUUUUUUAAGCAAGAUUCGAUUUGAAAACUAAAAAAAAAAACAAAAAAACAAAACCAAACCCACCAACGCCCCUCUGCAGCUCCCCCCCCCCAAAAAAAACCCUGAAGGAGUCACAGGGAUCGGGGUGGGGUGGGGGGGCAUCACCCUAUUAAAUCACAGCCCCCCCUUC